AUGGACAAAUUAGCUAGAUAAAUAAUUGCAGCGAGUGGCGUGGAAAUUGGAAUGCAACAUCCCGCCAAUGGAUUACUUCGUCUUCCUCCUCCUCACCCUCUCCCUUUGCGUCGCCGCCAGGUUUCUUCUCCCCUUCCUAUCAACUAGCAGGCGGCGGAAGCAGAGCACAGGCGGUGACGCCCUCAGUCUCCCUCCCGGCCCGACCUAUAUCCCCCUUCUCACGCCCAUCCUGUGGCUCCGCCGCUCCGCGUUCGAAGUCGAGCCCUAUCUCCGCCGUCUUCGCCGAAAUCACGGUCCCGUCUUCGCGCUCCGCAUCACCUCCCUACCGGCCGUCUUCGUCGCCGACCGACGCCUGGCCUACGAGGUGCUCGUCCGCCAGGGCGCCGUCUUCGCUGACCGCCCAUCGACGAACCCGGCCAACCGCCUGCUCUCCAGCAAUCAUCACAACAUCAACUCGGCCUCCUAUGGCCCGAAGUGGCGCCUCCUCCGCCGAAACCUGACCUCCGGGGUCCUCCAUUCCGCCCGCAUCCGGCGCUUCGCAGAGUCCCGCAGGUGGGUGCUAGGGAUACUCCUGCAGCGGCUGCGAGCCCGGGCGGACGCCGACGGUGGCGUCGUGGUGGUCAUGGAGAGUUUCCAGCACGCCAUGUUCUGCUUGCUCGUGCUAAUGUGCUUCGGCGAGAAGUUAGACGAGAAGGCCAUCGGCGACAUCGAGAGCACGCAGAGGAAUCUUAUCAAGUUAGUCCCCAAGCUUAACGUCUUCGCCAUAUUUCCCCAAAUCACCAAGAUCGUGUUCCGGAAUCUGUGGAAUAGAAUGAUCUGCAUCCGCCGUAGGCAAGAGGAGCUCUUCCUUCCUCUGAUCCAAGCACGGAGGGGGCGCAACCACAGUACGGGAGAAGAAGAAAAAGAAGAGAGGGCUUACUCCUAUGUGGAUUCGCUGCUGGGAGUACGGCUCCCGGCGGAUGGAGGUGAACGAGAGCUCAACGACAGUGAGAUGGUAUCCCUCUGCUCCGAGUUCAUGAGCGCCGGCACCGACACAACCGCGACCGCGCUGCAGUGGAUCAUGGCGCACCUAGUGAGGGAGCCGCGGGUACAGCAGAAGCUAUUCGACGAAAUCCGUGAGGUAACGGGAGAGAAUCACGAGGUGAGCGAGGAGGACGUGCUGCAGAACCGGUUGCCGUACCUGAAGGCGGUGAUCCUGGAGGGGCUGCGGCGGCACCCGCCCGGCCACUUCGUGCUGCCGCACACCGCGGCGGAGGACGCGGUGUUGGAGGGGCACCUGAUACCUAAAGGCGCGGCGGUCAAUUUCACAGUGGCGGAGAUAGGGUGGGACGAGGAGGAGUGGACGGCUCCGAUGGAGUUCCGACCGGAGAGGUUUUUGACCGGAGGGGAAGGCGAGCGGGUGGAUCUGACGGGGAGUCGGGAGAUCAAGAUGAUGCCGUUCGGGGCGGGGCGGAGGAUGUGCCCGGGGAUGGCCCUCGCACUGCUCCACCUCGAGUAUUUCGUGGGGAAUCUAGUGAAGCAGUUCGAGUGGAAAGCCGCGGUCGAAGGCGGGGAGGUAGACUUGACAGAGAUGGUCGAAUUGACCGUCGUGAUGAAGCAUCCCUUGCAAGCUCGGAUCACUCCAAGACGUACUAUGCCGACGGUCCGUGUCUAGAACUGGAGUUCACCGUGGGCCAGUACUUUGUUGUUGAUGAUGCGAAUGCUAUGUGAAGCCCCAAUAAAACUAAAUCUGGAUAUUUGAAUUAUUAAAAAUAAAUGCAAUACUUAUAGUAUUAAAAAGCUUGAAUUGUAAUCGAUUAUAAUUUCUUGAUUUAUCUUCUCUUGAUCAUGAGAUCGA